ACGACGACGACGUUGACGUACGUUGACUCAGUCGAACGGCUGAAUGUUCCGGGCGUCAAGGAUUUCAGUUUUUGUUGGUUUAUCCGGUAAAAAGUUGAGUAAAAAUUGACAAAAAUUGAAUAUUGAUGCUCCUACAUAAUUCCCCAAAAAGACAUUCAUCGUAUUCAAGAUGCCUAUUUCUCUGAGCGUCAGUCGGAAACUUAAUAGUGCCAUAAAAAAAUUCCGUUUUGAGGAAUUGGAAAACUGUGUCCUGCAUAAUUUUCCUGAAACGUCGUGGAAUCGUAUACGAUCGACGCUUAUUAAAAAUCACCAGAAAUUUACUGUUAGCAAUGUCUUGAACAUCAUUGAAGAAGCUAUACACGAAGCAAAAGUUAGUGAAACAGUGCUCAAUGACAGAAUAGCCAAUUUGGAUAUUAUAAACAUCAGCAGGCAUCACAGCAAGAAAACAUGGUAUACUUUCAAGAUGUUGACACAAAAAUCUGAGAGACAAGGUGUCUUAACCAAGUCAGAAAUAAAGACAAAAAUUGUUCAACAAUUUGAAAAACAUCAGUUGAAAGUUGAUGUGAGAGUAAUAGAUUAUGAGUCUCUCACAUUUAUCUCAAUCAUUGAUAAACCCAAGGACAAACGCAAAAGCCAUCGCGUAUUACCAUUUUUCUUUGCCAUGUCGAUGGAACUAGAAUUUUUGUUUUGCUCGAGAAUCAACCCGCCCAAGGAUUUUCUACAAAUAUUAGUUGAAAGUUUUGGUUACACGAGUUUCAAAGUAGUCAAGUUAGUCGGGAGGGAUCUUCACUCGCUCAUUCAAAUUUUACGGAUGAAGAUGCAAGGCGCCGUUGAUUCUGAGAACUACGAGACUCCAAGACUGAAACCUGCUGCACCAGUUGUGACGAGUUCUGGAAUUGAUUUUCGACAGAACAAACAACGUCGUGAAUACGCCGAGCAAUGUUUUGGAAAAGAACCGCCGACGUUGGAACUGCUUGUAGCUACAGGACCUGAACGACCCUGGGUCGAUGACGAAAUUAAUAUGAAAAUGCCUGACGAAAAUGUACAAAUAAGAUGGGAAUUUCGGAGUCACAAUAUUGCUGCAAUGUUGACUAAAUUAACGGAGCAUCGAGUAUUCGCGGUGCCGCUCCCGGAAUAUGUUUCAAAUUUUAUGACAAUGGGUAAAAACCACCUGAGACUGGAAAGAAAUUGACGGAUUCGCUUGAAAAACGGCGUACAGUAAACACGUGCUCAAUGAAUUUAUUACUCUGAAAUCGAUAUUUAGUUCUAAAACCGGAAUCGCUUAAAGCACAAAAAAAAUAUACCAGUAAAAAUGAAAAUCGAGCAACAAAAAAUGAUAGCGAAUAGAUAUUUCUCACAAUCUCCCAAAAAUCCAUCCAAAAAUUAGAAAAUAAAACCAUAUAACAGAGGGUUAUAAUUGAAAACACGUGGCGAACCAUUAAUCCAAACUAUAAAUCUAUCAUACUAAAAACAAUUUUUCUCAGAUAAAACUUAAGAAAGCAGCAUGCAAUCCAAAUCUUGGAGUGAUGUCAAAAAGCAUUCGAUAAUAGAACUUUGACCGAAGCAGUGGUAAAACCAGUGGCCAAAAUGGACGAAGAGGAAGAAAGAAAUUGACGACCCUCGUUCUCCAACAAUUUAUCUUCUCAUGAAUUUUUUUUUGAAAAAUCUGGCGAUUGCGAAUUAUUGACAAUAGAAUCGUUAAGUCACGAUAAGGCGACAAUUUCGUUUCCUUAUUUUCUACUAUUUUUCUGCGGUUCGAGUAACUCAAACUUGACAUAUUCUAUGCAUUUUCUGUGGCAAUCAGUUUAAUAUUGCGCUAUGUACAUUUAUAAAAUGACUAAAAAAAAGUGUUCGUUAGUGGCACUACAUUUGUUGGAGUAGAUGAUAUUUGAAGCUUUUAUCUCAAUUGACGCGUACUAGUUUAAGCAAAUAAUUGUCAAUUUAAUUUUAGUAAUUUAUUACGUUUUGGAUUAAAUUAGCUUAUUCUCAAAACAAUUUAUAAAUCGUAAUGUCGGAAUGAAUGUGUAUAAUCACAAUUGCAUAAAACUAUAUUAAAAUACUUGGAUGACGCUGAAGUUUGCAACGUUAGAGUCCAACGAAAUGAGCGGGAAAAACAUUUGUAAUUCUCCAAUUUUUCAUAUCACUAAUCAUUUUUGUAGGCUGAGAAACUACGAAUUGCAAAUAAGGAGAGGGAUUGAAAAAUUACAAACUGUUUUUCCGUUCAUUUCGUUGGACUCCAACAUUUCAAAUUUCAGCUUCACAAAAUUGGCAGCGUUCGUUAGUUGUGCUAUUUCAUAUCAAUUUAUAUGCAUUUUUCCUUUUGUAUUUGCUGCGCUGUAUAUAUCUAAUCUAAUGUGUAAUAUGCGUCUUCACAAAACGGAGUAUACAAAAUUUUUUGUCUACUUGUGAUUCCAUUAACAAUUCGGGUUCGAUUAAAUUUAUCAGUUUGAUGGAUAAAAUUAUAAAAUGAUGAAUCGCUGGACUGUCAAUCAAUGUUUGUUACUGCGAAAGCUAUAUCAUCUGUGGUACUGAAAAAUUACUGAAGAAUGAAGAAGUGUUAUCGAAAUAAAUGUGAUUUUCAGAA